UUUUUAACUUCAAGCAUAAGUUAAAUAUGGCUUCAAAACUUGUUCCUGUUGUGCCUAAAUCUUUUGUUUCUCGUGCGGAGAGGGUGCGGCAAUGGCAACUUUUCUCGCGUCAAUGGUCUGUAAUUGAUGCUGACCGUCAAGAUAUUUGGAAGCUUGCGCGUAAAGUAGCCCAACAUUUGAGUGGAAUGCAUAAACCAAUUUGGCAUCCUCAUACUGAUUGUGGUGAUAACGUUGUUGUUGUAAAUUGUCGUCAAGUUAGCAUGCAUGCAUUUGAUUGGAAACAUACACGAUUUUUCUUUGACAGAUUACGCCCAAGAAGCAAAGCAGAUAUUCCAGCCUAUCAAAUCCAUGAAUAUGAUCCUUGUCGUGUAGUUUGGAUGUGUAUUGGACGUCAAUUGGGUUUCCUCAAUCAAAAUAGUAUUCAACAAAGGAUGUAUAUUGAACGAUUACAUUUGUUGCCUGAUACCGAAAUACCAGAAAUUAUUAAGAAAAAUAUUAGCAAUCAGCUUCGCCAAAUUCAAAAAGUUCCAAAAAAAUCAACAGAAUAUACAGAAGAAGAGCGUUCAGCCUUUCCUCGUUUAUUCCAACCAUCUACCGAUUUUCUUGAAGAAUGGCGACAAGAAAUUGGGCCUGAAACUUGGGAAGAACAUCCACGCUUGAAGAGAGGGGAAUAUAUGUGGGAUAGAAAUGAUUAG